AUGGAAGAACUGAUCAUCGAUGAAGAGAGUGACGAUGGACCACGUGGCGGCUUCACACCAAGUCAUCUCUCUCAACUCCUUGAUGAACAAGAGGUUUGUCACUCUCAAGAUUUAGGUGAAACAAUCCAUCGUCAGAUCAAUGAAUCAUUUGCUAAUGAUCAUUCUCUUCGAGAACCUGUUUACGUAACCGUUGGUCUCAGCUUAAUCGAGAACAGGCGGCCAAAUGCAAAAGUUCCUCCUCCGUCGAAAGGAUUGUCUCUUCUAGUGGCUAGGUCGGCAAAACUCUUGUCCGUUGUGUCGGAGUGUUCCGUACGGAGAUUAAAAAAAACUGCGGAUCAAAGAUUGGGUCUGAGGCUGAGCAAAGAAAAGUCAGCUCUUUUCCAUGCGGAUCUGAACCUGGAUGAAGCUGGUUUUGAAAGUGGCGACGGUAAUACCGUUAGCUAUUGGUUCGACAAAUGGCGUGAUCUAUGCUCCCUCAUUGACUUCAUUAGCCGGAAGGGACCAAAGAAACUUAUUAUCCUUAUUGAUGCAAAAUUUAAGGAAGUGCUGUUUUUCCAACCAGCUGCUGCUCCCUCUCGGCUCCAUCCUCCUUUGUCUGGUACUCAACGGAUUUGUACACAGCUUCAACCUUCUUCUCAAUCCACCCUUUUGGAUUGGAAAAUUGUUGAUCUCUGA